UAUGGAUAAGAUUGUACCCAUAAUUGAUCAAAAUAUUGACGAAUACAAAGUCGAAGAGACUGAAGUCAAUCUGCUUGAGAACUGCUAUAGCUAUUACAGUAGCUCUUCAGGCGAGCUUUCGAGCAACAAUAAUGAAGAUAGUGAUGACGACUCUUUGCUAUAAUGUUAGGGAGAACGGAGAGUCCAGCUUCUAAACUUACAAACAAGCAGUCAUCCUUAAUCAGUGAUGCCAGCAUCAUGGACGAUUGGAAACUAGAGAAUGACACUACAAAUAGGGAAGAACGCAAGCAGGGGGAAAUACCUAGAGACUUUAAACUUGAUAAUCAGAAGUCACCACCUCAAAAAGAU